AUGUUCUCCGUCGCAGGCCGGACGCCUCGUCUCCUGCACAUAGCUACGAGCCGUCGAGCAUGUCUGCAUACCAAACCGCCUAGUCUCUCCGGCGCAGAGGCAGCCGCCGUCGCCCAGCCCGCUCACCAUCAUGGUCAUGAGAGGUCGAACGCCAUCGACGAGAUCAUGGCUAGGCGCGCCAAAGCAGGCAGACUGGAGGCUGGGGUGGCAGCUCCAUCUCACAGUAACAUGUUCAAGGGCUCCACAGAGGGUAUGCCCAAGGCAAAGCGAUGGACAGACCACCUCAGUAGAGAGAGCAGGUCGCGCAAGCCAUGCACCUUGAAACAAGCAGCCAAACACUUGAAGAAACCCGGCCUCAUCUCCCUCGGCGGCGGUCUCCCCUCGGGCAGAGUGUUCCCCUUUGCCGAGAUUAGCAUGAAGGUUCCGGUCGUCCCCAACUUCAGCGAGACCGACACGCUCGAGUCCGGCCAGACGGUCACGAUUGGCAAGUACGACGUGCGCGACACCGACGACGCCGUCUAUGACCUGUCCAUCGCCCUCAACUAUGGACAGGCAACAGGUUCCGCGCAGAUGAUGCGCUUCCUGACGGAGCAUACAGAGCUGGUGUGCCGUCCGCCCUAUGCGGACUGGGGCGUGUGCCAGACAGUCAGCAGCACGUCGGCACUAGAGCAAGCGCUGCGUAUGUUCUGCGACAAGGACAGGGGUGACUCGGUCCUCACGGAGGAAUUCAGUUUCUCCACGGCCCUCGAGACCAUCUUUCCCCUCGGCGUGAAACCCGUCGGUGCCCCCGUGGACGAGCAAGGCCUGAUACCCGAGGCCAUGGACAAGCUGCUGACCGAGUGGGACCCCGACGCCCGCGGCGGCGCACGCAAGCCUCACCUCCUAUACACGGUGCCAUCGGGGCAGAACCCCACAGGGACCACGCAGGGUUCAGAGCGCAGAGAGGCUCUCUACAAGGUCGCCCAGAAGCACGAUAUGUACAUCAUCGAAGACGAGCCCUACUACUUUCUGCAGAUGCAGCCCUACAGAGAAGGCGAGGAGGCAGAACCCGUCCCGCCGCCGGCCACGGUCGACGAGUUUCUAGACUCGCUCAUCCCCUCCUUCGUGAGCAUAGACGUCGACGGCCGCGUCAUGCGCAUGGACUCGCUCUCCAAGGUCCUCGUCCCCGGAUCCCGACUAGGGUGGAUAACGGCCUCGGACGAGAUCCUCGAGAGGUACCAGCGCCAUGCAGAGGUCGCCAGCCAAGGUCCCAGCGGCUUCUCGCAGGUCAUACUGCAUAAGCUCCUGGAUGAGACGUGGGGUCACGAGGGGUACCUCCGGUGGCUCAUGAAUCUGAGACUCGAGUAUACGGGUAAGAGGGACAUGCUGCUGGCGGCGUGCGAGGAGCAUCUCCCGCGUGAUCUUGUGAGCUGGGUGCCUCCGGUGGCUGGCAUGUUUAUGUGGCUCAAGGUGGACCACACUCAGCACCCCGAGGUCAACAGCCGCAAACUCGAGGACAUUGAAGAGGAGAUUUUCGAUUCGUGCGUCAACAACGGCGUCCUGGUGGCGCGGGGCUCCUGGUUCCAAACGGAGCGUGAUAAGCCCCUAUCCGGACUGUAUUUCCGGGCCACGUUUGCAUCGGCCACCGGCGAGAACAUGAGCGAAGCGAUCAGCAGGUUUGGGAAGGCCGUCAAGGAUAGCUUUGAUCGGUGA